CCAUUCGUCCGGCGAGCGCGUGUUUUUGAUAAACAUUAGCACAAUUUAUCACCGGUAGACCACGAUGCCGAAAUCGAAGAGAGACAAGAAAGUGUCCCUCACCAAGACGGACCGGAAGGGGUUGAGCAACAAACAACAGAUCAUCGAGGACAUUCAGCAGUGCCGGCAAAAGUACGACAAUGUGUUUCUGUUUACCGUCCAAAAUAUGCGCAAUAGCAAACUGAAGGAAAUCCGGUCGCAGUGGAAAAAUUCGCGCUUCUUUUUCGGCAAAAACCGUGUCAUGCAGCUGGGACUGAACCUGGUCAACGAUGAUGGCGAAGGUGGUGAGCCCACGAAGCUGGAAAAGGGCAUGGAACAGUUGCGCGAGCAGAUGAUUGGCCAGUGCGGGUUGCUGUUUACUUCCGAAAGCAAAUCGACCGUGCUGGAGUGGUUCGAGUCGUACGUGGCCAAAGAGUACGCCCGCAGUGGAUUCCGGGCGACGAAAACGGUCAAACUGAAGGCCGGCCCGUUGGAGGAGUUUUCCCAUGCCAUCGAGCCGCACCUCCGGUCGCUCGGGAUGCCGACCAAGCUGGAUCGCGGCGUGGUGACGCUGUACAAAGAGUAUAAGGUGUGCGAGAAGGACAAACUGUUGAGCCCGGAACAGGCGCGCAUUUUGAAGCUUCUCGGGAAACCGUUGGCCAAGUUUAAGGUGAUUGUUAACUGUUGCUACACGGCCAAGGACGGCUUCGAGGAGAUCAACAAACGGGACAUUGAGGUGAGACAGAAGGCCAAGAAACCCACGGCAAAGGCAUCGGCCAAAAAACCGAUCGCCGAUGCUAUGGAAGAUGAUGAUGAGGAUGAUGAUGAUGAGGACGCGACGACGGAUGAUGAGGGAAUGGAACUGGGUGAUUCGGAUGAGGACGAGAAAGACGAGGAAGACGAUGAAGACGAUGAAGCGUAGCGUUGUUACGUAAAACCAAUAAACUGUAAGAUACGCUAAUGG